UCUGCCCAUUUAUAAGGAACUGUGAGCAAUUUCAUCGUCCAGCCGGAGGCGAAGAAGUUGCCGAUCCACAACAGGGUGAAUUGAGAAACAUGAGGUUCUUCUCCUUCCUUGGACGGGUCCUCUUUGCUUCCAUCUUCAUUCUCUCCGCCUGGCAGAUGUUUAAUGAGUUCGGCCAUAAUGGUGGGCCAGCAGCCGCGGAGUUGUCUCUAAAAGUAGCUGUUUUGAGGAGAAAUUUAUCAUCCAAGCUGGGGGUAGCGAUACCUGAGAUUGAUGUCAGACACUUGGUUGCCAUUUCUUUAUCUCUUAAAGGGAUUGGAGGCCUUCUGUUUGUUUUUGGCAGCAGAGUUGGAGCUUAUCACCUGCUUCUGCAAUUGGCUAUUAUCACACCGGUUCUGUAUGAUUUCUUCAACUAUAGCCCUCAGAAACCUAACUUCGAUAUCCUGUUGUUUAGUGAUUUCUUGCAGCACAUUGCACUUUUUGGUGCUCUGAUUUUCUUCUUAGGGAUGAAGACCACAGGUCCAAGGAAGCACUCGAAGAAGAAGACAUCUAAAACUAAAACAUAUUAGAUUUGUUGAAGAAGCAACAGUUUGGCGAUUGGAUUAAUUUGCUCUGGCAUUCAGUUCUUAGGUAUACACAUAGUUUCACCAUUGGAACAAACAAGUUUUCUACUCUCUUGUAGUUGGGUAGUUUUUUUUUUCUCGAAUUACUUUGCUUCAUUGUUUGUCUUCUGAUGAGUUAUUAUUCAAUUUGAGUGUUGGCAUACAGGUCCU